GAUGAGGGGUAGCAUUAUUCUUCUGAGUCGAGCACGCCAUGGAUGUAAGGCUUUGUCGUAUAGACGGUCGUCAUGUAGCCCGGCAUCUAUAUCAUCCGAGAUGGUUUUAAAGACCUUUUUAGGCAUGUGUGGAAAAAGAGAAGGAUGGCCUCAAAUAUUGCGACGAGGACUUCUUUUUUUUCAUUUUUCCGUUCCACAUCUCCAUGACGUGACGAUUCAAAAUCAGUUGACAUUGACCCUUGAUUUGGAUUAUUCUUUUCCGGAAAUCCUCUAUCUUUGUAUUUGUUAGUCGUCUUUGAUAUGAGCAGCAAGUGAUAAGCUCAAUAGAUGCGGUGUAAAACCUUGCCAUACCAUGGUUUUAAGGCUAUGCUGAGCGCACGACUUUCAUAUGUUACACUGGGUGAAUCUAACAAUUCUACACGUUCUUAUUACCGCCAAUUUUCUUUUACACUGUAUCGUCCUUUUAGCAAAGUAUGGCUCCUUCCGAAAUUCAUUCAUGCUUAUACCAUCCUUUACUGCCUUUUCAUCUUGGCCCACUUACACAUUUGAUAACAAUUCGCGAUUUAAGCUUUCAUAUUUGCAACAUCCGCGUUCAGUCAUGGGGCUCUUGCCUUACUGUUCCACUCAAGAUGAGCAUGAAAUGAAUAAUAUAUUAAAUUACAUUUAUGGCUGUAUCAUAGAGCCAAACCGCUUGCUUCUCAAUUAAAUUGCCAGGAAGCCAUACUUGAAG